GUCGAGUGCGACAUCGGCCCGCCGCAGGUUGCCUAUCGCGAGGCGAUCUCGCGCCCGUGCGAGAUUGAGCACACGCACAAGAAGCAGUCGGGUGGAAGUGGCCAGUUCGCCAAGAUCAAGGUCAAGUUCGAGCCGCUCGACGGCGAGGAGGGCGCGUCGGGCUUUGAGUUUGCGCAGGAGAUCAAGGGCGGCGCCGUGCCCAAGGAGUACAUCCCGGGCGUCGCCAAGGGUCUCGAGUCAGUGAUGACGAACGGCGUGCUCGCCGGCUUCCCCGUCAUCGGCUGCAAGGCAACGCUGCUCGACGGCGCUUUCCACGACGUUGACUCGUCGGUGAUGGCUUUCGAGAUCGCCGGCCGCGCCGCCGCGCGCAAGGGCUUGCGCGAGGCGGGCGCGAAGUUGAUGGAGCCGAACAUGAAGGUUGAGGUGACGACUCCCGAGGAGUCGAUGGGAGAGGUGAUCGGCGACAUCAACUCGCGCCGCGGCAUGGUGGCCGAGCUUGCCGACCGCGGCAACAUGAAGGUGGUUCGCGCGAAGGUGCCGCUCGCCAACAUGUUCCAGUACGUCUCCUCGCUGCGCUCGCUCACCAAGGGCCGCGCCUCCUAUUCGAUGGAGCUCGACUCGUACGAGGUGGUUCCGCCCAACGUGGAGAAGGAGCUCCUCGCCAAGUACAAGGGCAACACUGGUGAGGACGAGGACGACUGA